CCGAGGUCCUUACCCCCGCAUUCACCCCACUGGAAGCUACUAAACGCCUGACAUAGAUCCACAUCAAAAGCACGCAACAAUCUCGAGAACUGCUGUCAUCGAUAGAUAUAUGCUUGCUGUUCCGGAAGCGGAGCAAACGUACCGAAUAUUCAAAUCGAAGCUUUGACAUUGGACAGCUAUCCCAACGCGUAUCAAGCACAAGUGCUCUUCAACGUACACGACACCACGAAGUCUCGAGCACGUCGGCACACUCACACGCCCCUGAACUACACUCUUGGACCUCAACCAGCAUGGCCUCCUUGAGCGGAUCCACAUCCGUCCCACCAACUUCAGAACAUCCUCCUCCGGCCACAGAAUCCUACGACGACAGUCAUGACCACUCCCACAACCAUGAUCACGACCACCCACCACCCGCCCCAGAAGACGCCUGGAAAACAAGCGGCGUCCGCGUAAUCCCCGCAGACAGUCUCGAACCAGUCGGCGGCCAACACAUGACACCAGGCAUGGACCGCUCCGCCGCGAUAAACUUCGCGCGCGUGGGCGCUCAAAAGCUCUGGGCCGGAACAGUGCACAUCCACGCAGGCGCAAAAACGGGCGCGCACCACCACGGCCACCUCGAGUCCGUGAUCUACGUCUUAAAAGGACGGGCGCGCAUGCGGUGGGGCGAAUCACUAGAGUACACGGCGGAAGCAGGACCCGGAGAUUUCAUUUUUGUGCCGCCCUAUGUCCCGCAUCAGGAGAUCAAUGCGUCUGAUGAAGAGAAGUUGGAGUGUGUGCUCAUGAGGAGUGAUAGUGAGGCUGUGGCGAUUAAUUUGCCGGAAUUGGAACCGGUCGAGGUGCCGGAGAGUGUAAAGUGGAUUGAUCCUACGCAUCCGGAUGGGGCGGGGGCGUAGGAAGAUGGUUAUUGUAUGUUGGACGGUGAGAGGUGGGGGAGUGGGGAGGAUGGGAGGUGGAUAGGUCUGACGGUUAAGGAGUAUGGUUGGAUGGACGCAGUGGAGAGGAAUAAACUUGGUGCUAGACAGUCGAUUAGGAUGAAGGCAGUCGAACGUCAAGGCACUUAUAAAUAUUCCGUAUCAUUUUGUCUUCGCCCUACUGUAGCAAUGCCAAACGCUAGCCGAUCAUCAAAAUGUUCUUCAACAUGUCUCUAUCA